AUGAAAGUCCCGCUCGACGGAGGUGAGGAUGCGAAUGCUAAGCUGGACAAUGGAACCACCCUGCUUCAUGCCGUCGCCGCCGCCAAGGAGCACGGGAUGGCCAUGGCAGGAGCGCCUUAUGAGCACCUAGAAAGGCUGAUAGGUGCAGGGAGGGGCUGGAGGCUGGUAAAUGAGAAUGAUCGAAUCGCGCCCCGAGAUGAUGAAUUCACACAAGUGACCCGCUGCCGCACCCCUAGCGAGGGGUGCGAAUACGUCGCCGACGUCGACGACGUAAUUGCGUGCUACAACUAUCUCGUGGCCCUCGGCGACUAUACCUGCAGAGAGCGCGAGCUCUGCAGGAUCGGCAGCGCUAAGAUCACGGGUAUAAGCUAG